GACGCGGGAGGGCCGGCCGGCUGCUGCGGUGUCAGCUCCGUCCGCUCGGCCGGCGUCGGGUGCCGAGGAGCGGCGGCGAGGGCGUCGGGGGUGGCCUGGGGUCCGGCGCGGCCAUGGCGGGCGCUCUGGUGCGGAAGGCGGCGGACUAUGUCCGGAGCAAGGACUUCCGGGACUACCUCAUGAGCACGCACUUCUGGGGCCCGGUGGCCAACUGGGGCCUCCCCAUCGCCGCCAUCAAUGACAUGCAGAAGUCUCCAGAGAUCAUCAGCGGGAGGAUGACGUUCGCCCUCUGCUGUUACUCGCUGACCUUCAUGAGAUUCGCCUACAAGGUGCAGCCUCGCAACUGGCUCCUGUUCGCCUGCCAUGCCACCAACGAGGUGGCCCAGCUGGUCCAGGGGACGCGGCUCAUCAAGCACAGGAUGAGCGAGAAGGCCUCCGCGUGACGGCAGGGAGGCGGGAGCUGGCGCUGUGGCCGGGCGGCACCGCCCGCCGCCGAGCCGCAGAGGCCGCCGCCAGGAGCACCGCUGCGAGGGGCGGGGCGCGCGCAGAGAGCUCCAUGCACAGACCGGACGGCCCCCCGGCCCCCGAGGGCUGGGUGCUCCCUUCCCCGCGAGCGGGCCCCAGCACAGCCACUUUGAUGACCCCCCGGCGGCGGCCCCGCCUGCAGCAGUGUGGACGCCGUCCAUCCAAACGCAUCCCCGAGGACCGAAGAGAACAAAGCUGGCAACUCUGCGUGCUCCGUGUCCUUGACCCCCCCCGCCCCCAACAACGCAAGAGCACUGCCCGCCGGCCGCACGCAUGUGUCAGGUCUCACGGCCCGGCCCGAAGGAGCGUGCGGCCCCGUGCAGCGUGCGUCCUCAAGCGCUGUGACCUGAUGGCAAUAAACGGCUUAAACACUG